GUUCAACUUAGAUCGACCCGUGAAAACGCGCUUUUACAGAAACUUCGAUUCGAGCAUUUUUUUGAUGAAUCUCAAAUAUACGAGUACAAAGUACAAAACAAUUUCACUAAACAUAAGUUCAAAAUCGAAAUUACAGAAUGUGAAUACUCUAUGCGAACCCUAGAGAGGGAAAUUCACAAGAAUACUAAUUAUGUAGUGCUUCUUAUAACUAAGUUGUUUGCUGGCAGACGUAUACAGGAGUAGAAUCGUACUUGAGAUGUAUAAAUGAGGUCAUCACUGAAUCAUCACAAUUGAUGGAAGAUGGGAAUCAAGAAAACAAUUCCAGGAGUAUGGAGCAACUAGCAGAUAUAUCAAGGGGAUGGAAGAAAGGGUCAGAUUUGAAAAAACCUGUUUCAGCACAAUUGAGGCGAUCUAUCAGUAAACCAGCACAAAGCGAUAAGGCUGAAAGCCAAGCAAGCAAACAUGCUAAUACCUGCAAGCCAUCAAAUCGUAGAAGACUGUCAUCAAACCAGCUCGCUCAAAAAUACAACUUGUUGGUUGAUAAAAAGAAAGUUAUUGCAAACCAUGCCCAGAAGAAGCUCGAACAAGAAUUGAACAUGAAUUAAGGGUACAAGCGUUAAAAUAUGACAUAGAAAUUAAAAAGAGGCAAUUAGACUCACUAAGGCCCGAGGCAGAAUGACACAUGAUUUCCAAGACUAUUUUAUUAAUGGUUUGUUGUUUUUUUUUUGGAUUCUAUACCUGUUUUUUUGAAAAAUGAGAUUUAACUCUUAAGUACCAAAGUGUUAUUUUUGUUACAUAAGAUGUGACUAGGCUAGACCACAACAAUUUUACUAAUCAAGAACAGUUGUUUCUUCAUAUUCUACUUAAUUUUUGGAAAUAUAAAACUGUCUAUCAGACCAUACAUUGGUACUUAAGAGGCUAAUCACUGAUGUACUUAUUUCCUUGGAAGUUUUUAAGUUGUAGCAUUUGGCUAGUCAAAUCACUACUAUACUGUGAUAUUUUCAAAAUAUAUUAUUGUUUUGUUUUUAGAUUAAAGUUUUUAUACUUUAGUUUUGUUUGAAGACUGUAGUUUGUGAUAGUUUUGUUUGAAGGCGAUAGUUGUGAUGUAAAAACAAUAAAAGGGAAAAUAUAACAAAAAUAUUUUAUUCCUCGCAUUAUAACUCGAGAAAAAGAAACAUUCAAAGAUUUCCAAUAUAAUUAAUCAUUUAUUCUUGAGCAGUAUUGACAUUGUGAUUCUGUAUUGUAGGCAUUUCAAUAUC